AUGUCGAAGGAGUUGGCGAAUAUGAUGCAGCAAGAGGAGGAAGAGGACGUUCCUUUGCUGCCACCAUCAAAGGGACUGGCGUCGGCGGAGGCGGAUCGGCUUCUUGAUCAUCAUGGACGCAAUGAACUCCCACACAAGACAACACCUGGGUGGCUUAUUUUUGCACGUUGUCUGUGGGGUCCGAUGCCAAUGGCCAUUUGGAUUGCUGUUAUCAUAGAGUUUUCUCUCAAGAAUUUUACCGAUGGCAGUAUUCUUCUCUUCAUUCAGUUUGCUAAUGCUACAAUAGGCUGGUACGAAACCACCAAAGCCGGUGAUGCGGUCGCGGCACUUCGCAACUCAUUGAAGCCACUCGCAACGGUGAUGCGUGAUGGAAUGUGGCAGAACAUUGAUGCAGCGCUUGUGGUGCCGGGCGAUCUGGUGAAACUUGCCGCGGGUUCGGCGGUACCCGCCGAUUGCACCAUUAAUGAAGGAACAAUUGACGUGGAUGAGGCGGCGCUAACGGGCGAGUCUCUUCCGGUGACGAUGGGGGUGGACCAAAUGCCAAAGAUGGGCUCCACUGUGGUGCGAGGGGAGGUGGAUGGCACAGUGCAGUUUACGGGUCAAAAAACAUUUUUUGGUAAGACGGCGUUGCUUUUACAGUCUGUUGAAGCCGAUCUUGGUAACAUUCACUACGUACUGGUGCGUGUCAUGUUUGUCUUGACAUCUCUUUCGCUUGGAUUGUGCAUUAUUUGCUUUGGUUACCUUAUGGGGCAUUACAAGAUGAACUUUCGCGAUUCCCUGGAGUUUACCGUUGUGUUGCUUGUGGUAUCUAUUCCCAUUGCUAUUGAAAUUGUCGUCACGACAACUCUCGCACUGGGCUCAAAGGAGCUGUCCAAGAAGAAGGUGAUUGUUACCCGCCUCUCCUCAAUUGAAAUGAUGGCGGCAGUCAAUAUGCUUUGCUCUGACAAGACUGGGACUUUGACACUGAACAAGAUGGAGAUUCAGGAACAAUGUCAUGUUUUCAGUAAGGAAUACAACCGUGAAAGUGUACUCGUCUUGGCUGCCCUUGCUGCCAAAUGGCGUGAACCGCCACGUGAUGCGCUUGAUAAGAUGGUGCUAGGCGUGGCUGACCUGGAUGAGUGUGACAAGUACACUCAGCUUGAGUUUGUUCCUUUUGACCCACGUAUUAAGCGCACAGAAGCGACCCUUCGGGGUCCUGAUGGUCUCGUUUUCAAAGUGACUAAGGGUGCACCAAACGUUGUUCUGCAGCUGGUGCACAAUCGUGACGAAAUUAAGGCUCAAGUGGAGGGUAUCAUUGAGGACUUGGGUCGACGUGGCAUCCGUUGUCUCACAGUUGCACGCACCAAGGAGGACCAGCAAUGGCAUAUGGCAGGCAUUCUGACCUUUCUGGAUCCCCCACGCCCUGACACAAAGGAGACAAUUCGCCGCAGCAGAGAAUACGGAGUGGAUGUGAAAAUGAUCACUGGCGAUCAUCAACUCAUUGCGAAGGAGAUGGCCCGCAUGCUUAAUAUGGAUACAAAUAUCUUAACCGCCGAGGGGCUUCCAAAGUUUCCUGCCACUGGAGAUCCAAAGGACAUUCCAUCGACACUCGGUGAUUCACAUGGUGACAUGAUGUUGGCUUGCGGAGGUUUUGCUCAUGUUUAUCCGGAGCAUAAGUACCUGAUUGUAGAAACGCUACGACAACGGGGAUAUACGGUCGCAAUGACAGGGGAUGGGGUAAAUGACGCCCCCGCACUGAAACGUUCUGACGUGGGCGUUGCUGUGGAUGGUGCCACUGACGCCGCACGAGCUGCAUCAGACAUGGUGUUGACGGAACCAGGUCUAAGUGUUGUUGUGGACGCGAUGCUCAUUGCCCGUGGUGUUUUUCAACGCAUGCUAUCUUUCCUUACUUAUCGUAUUUCAGCAACCCUACAGCUUGUGUUCUUUUUUUUCAUUGGCGUCUUUGCCCUUCCGUGCCAGGACUACGGCAUUGACGAUCCGGACUUCCGUUUCUUUCGCAUACCGGUGUUGUUGUUUAUGCUUAUUACAUUGCUUAAUGAUGGGACCUUGAUGACGAUUGGAUACGAUAAUGUUGUGCCCGAGCAACGUCCUUUACGGUGGAAUCUACCUGUUGUGUUUACCAUUGCUUCUGUGCUUGCUGGUGUGGCGUGCGUAUCGUCCUUGUUGUUGCUUUGGAUGGCACUUGACUCUCACGACACCUCGUCGUGGUUUUACAAUCUCGGUAUUCCACCCGUGUCAGAAGGCCAGAUUGUGACGAUGUUGUACCUAAAGGUUUCCAUCUCCGACUUUUUGACGCUUUUUUCCUCUCGCACUGGCCCCAACUGGUUCUGGUCGUUCAGGCCCAGCCUUGUCCUUCUUCUUGGCGCCGUCGUUUCACUGGCAACUUCUUCUUGCGUUGCUUCCUUCUGGCCUGACAGGAAAAUGGACAACAUCACAGUCAUUGGUCUUUCACAUGGUGAUGGCACAGCGCACCGUCUGCUGCCACUCUGGGUAUGGAUUUGGUGCAUUGGCUGGUGGUUUAUACAGGAAAUUGUAAAGGUGCUGGCAUGCAAAGUACUGGAGAGAUUUGACAUAUUUAGCUACCGCACAAUAUCGGAAGGUAAAUGGCAGCCAUCUUCGAAGAAGAGAUGGCGGCGUCGUUCUCGUGGAAUGAGUCUGGGUGCCACUGACAAUGUUGAGCAGCCGCUUCUGUCGUAA